GUAGCAGCCAAAACCCUCCAAGCCUCAGAAGGCGAACCUCUCAAUCGCCCAGAGUCAGGGUCCUCCACCAGAAAGACCCUGUGAGGCUGCCAGGAUGGGGGGAGCCCAGCGCCUGCUGAGCCUCUUCCUGCUUCUGGCCUGCCUCCAGGGCAUCGUGCUCCAGCAGGCGGGGACUGGGGACCCACGGAAGCCCUUCUUUGAGAGGUUCAGACGACUGGAAGAGCAGUUCCGCCGCUUUCAGGAGGUGACCCUCCUUCGCCUUCAGGAGAUUGCGGGGAACUACAACGUCUCCUACAACAUCGACGCCAAGGUUGGCCACCUUCUGAGCAAGCACGAGAGCUUGGAGACGGCGGCCAACGAGACCCAAGCGGCCUUCCAUGAAGAGCUGCGCCAGCUGACGAUCUGGACAAAGAAGCUGCAGAGGAAAAGCCGGCAGCAAGAGCGCAGGAUCGCAGCCGUGGAAGAAUCUUGGAGGGAAAGAGAGAAGGAGAGCGGAACUGAGAAGGAACGUGACACGACGCUCCUCUCCAACUUAACCCAAGAAGUGGCGAGCCAGAAACGGGAGGGCCGGGCCGUCCAAGCCAGCCUGGGAAGCCUCCAGAAAGUGGUGGAGGGUCUCCAGGAUGCCCUGAAGAACCAGGGGAGCAAGCUGGACGAACUAGAGCAGCGGCUAAAGAGGCCCGAGGACAACGAGGUGCUUCUUUUGCCCGGCAGCCCCCUGGCCCCAGCCCACCUCCUGAGCCAGCCUGCCCAAGCGGAGAUGGAGACGGAGACGGAGGCCGCUGGAGGACCGAGGCCGACCCUGAAGAAGCUGCAGGCCAAGCAUCGGCAGAGGAAGAAGCUGCAAGAGGAGAGCCUCCGUCUCGCCGCCCUGUCUCAGAGCAGAGCUACGCUGAGCGGCUCCUUCCAGGGCCAGAAGGUUCCCUUCAAAGGCAGGCUCGGCCCAGAGGCGCCGUCCUCUCGGCCAGGAGCACAGGGUCUCGGACAACCAGGUCCAGCUGCGGAGGAUACAGCCUCAGAAGAGCGAGAAGGGGUGCCAGGACCGCGUGAGCCAGGGAAAAUCUGCAAUGUAGAGUCUAUGCUGGUCUUCCCCAACAUGUCCUCUGAGAACUUUGCGACCCUGAAGCCUGGUUUUAGCACGGAACUGCUGGAGCUGAGCCUCUGCACGUGGGUGAGCACCCAUGCCAACUAUCUGGGCACUAUCCUGUCUUACGCCACGGAAGAGAACGACAACAAGCUGGUGCUGCACGGCCGGGAUGCUGCCCCCCGGAACAGCAUCCACUUUGUCAUUGGCGACCCAGCUUUCCGGGAGCUGCCGGUGGGACGGAUCCUGGACGGCGAGUGGCACCACCUCUGUGUCAUCUGGUCCUCCAUCCAGGGGCGUUACUGGUUCUACGUGGACCGAAGGCUGGCCUCCAUGGGGUCCAAGUUCCGGAAAGGCUACAAGAUUCCCCCCGGCGGAUCUCUCGUUCUGGGGCAGGAACAAGACGUGCCAGGAGGUGGAUUCGAACCCUCCGAAUCGUUUGUGGGUUUUCUGGCUGGUUUUGCUAUGUGGGAUCGUGCCCUUUCGCCAGGGGAGGUCUCCGGCAUCGCCACCGGGAACGGCCUUCCUCGUGGUGCUAUCCUGACCCUGGCGAACGUCUCUGCCCUCCACGGGGCCGUGCGGAGAGUGAGCUGCGCCUGCCUGGAACACUGCCUGUGAUUCUUCUCCCCCGCGACAGGUCCUCACCAGGCGGCACGUGACCCAAGCAUGCGGGGCUUAUCAUCUCUGGUGGCGGUUCUCCCUGGUGGCCGCAAACCUGGUGAAGGAUGCCGUGGCCAUCCCAAAAGUGGCAAGCCGAGCUGAUUUACGUAAAUGCUUCUCCCAGGUGCAAAUCCAGAAGCCGAAGUAACAACAUCUGCAACACGCCGCCAGAAGAGGAUCCACCCUGUGCCUUGUUGCAGAACCCAGCUAGAAAACGACCAGAGCAAACGACCACCUAAGGGCCCCCUUGAAGAACACGUGGCGUGGACUGCCUGCUUUCAAAGCCGCCAUGCCCCGCGCUCAUGGGCGCUCUCUCUCGUAUGACCUGGGUUUCAGCGGCCGUCUCCUCUCCCCUUGUUCCCCUUUUUGGCGCUAGCCUUCCAGGCCCCUUUUUGAAGAGGAACCCUCUCCUCCCUCCUUAGGGUCCUGGUCACUUUGCUCUCAUUCUGGUUUUGACCAAAGGGCAGCCCCAUUCACACGAUACGGUGCAGUGGAAGGUUGAGGGGUCUUUUCCAGUUUGAUUUGCAGCCGAACCCCUUUUCCAUAAACGGCCAGGAGGGACCCAGCGUGGGCUGAGGGCCCCUCUCCCUCCCCGGCUUUCUUACUUUUACAAAUGCUGAGAGGAAGAAUCAGAAAGGCCUGCGCCAUCCCCCCCUCGUCUCCCCCACCCCCACGUGUUACUGCUUUUUGGCGUCUCCAGCCCCUUCCCCCUGUGACCGGAGGAUGGCGAGCAAUCAAGGGCAUCGGGCGCAUCUUCAGGAUGGUUCAUGACGUGGUUAUCCUUUCUAAAAAUAUUCCUUCUUCAUUGUUUAAUUAUAGGUCCUUUGUGGGAAAUCCUGGAGGAAAUAUAGCAAUUCCUCCUGUAAUCUCCUUGGUUUUGUUCUUUAGCUUGUAACAAAUUGCCGUCCUUUCUUACAUUGUUCAAGCCAGAUCUGAUUCUACUGUCUCCUGUUUCAAGUGAAUUUUGCAUAUAUAGGGUAUAAAACUUAUUUG